GGCCCCAACCUUCUUCCUACAACCCACCUAAAAGGAUACCACGCUUCAAUCAUCCAUCACGCUUCCGCAGUAAGUCAUCCGACCCGACCCGACUUCUGGCCGCAACCGCUAACAGCAUCACAGCUGCCCCAUCACAAUGCCUGCUAUCCGAAGAAGCCUGCAGGCACCCAGGCCCGACAAGCCUUAUCUAACUAAAGGCCAUAAUAUAAUCCCUAAGAUCGAAGAAGCUCUUAGGCAAAAUAAGGGCAAGGGCGAUAUACUGUAUAUAAUGGCCAUAGAUAUUAGAGAGGCCUGGUUUAAUAAGGAUAAUACCAGCCGCAUUAAGAUAGCGAUCUUUAGUUAUAAGAUCCUCCUGCUUAUAUAAUCUAUCUAUAAGAACCCUCUAAUUAAUAAAGACUUCCUUAAAUGCAAGAAGCAGAAGCUUAAGGAUUUAGAAAGGAAGCUAUAUAGAGGGAUAUAGCCAAGCAGGAGGGAGAGGGGGUUCCUUAGGGCCCUUAACCUGGGCGGCUUACAUAACGAGUGGCUUAAGGAUAUCCGG